CUUCAAAAUUCAGUUAAAAAUCCGUCCUUUACUUCCGGCUUCAACAUCGUCCCCCGUCUCUCUACAUAAACAAAGCCAGCCUUCUAUCAAGAACAGUAACAAGACGAGUGUUCGUACAAACAACAUAUCAAGGGGUUAGCUAUCUUCAAAGAGAUUGGAGAAACAAAAAUGGCUUCGAGUUCAUUAAACAAACCCCACGCUGUGUGCGUCCCAUUUCCAUCCCAAGGCCACAUGAACCCCGUGCUAAGCUUGGCCAAAAUUCUUCACGCCAAAGGUUUCCACAUCACCUUCGUCCUAUCCGAAUACAACCGCCGCCGGCUGUAUUUUUCUCAGGGCUCUGUUCGUGAACUCCCCGACUUCCGUUUCUUUACCAUCUCUGACGGCCUCCCCUACUCCGAUGAAAAUGCUACGCAGAACGUCCCCGAUCUCUGUGAAUCAACAAUGAAGCAUUGUCUCGGUCCAUUCCGAACUCUCCUUGCUGAGCUCAAAGAAGAGAAAAAUACGCCCCCCGUCUCGUGCAUCGUUGCUGAUGGCGCCAUGAGUUUCACACUUGACGCGGCUCGCGAGCUCAACAUCCCGGAGAUUCUUUUCUGGACCACCAGCGCUUGCGCUUUCCUUGCUUACCUCAACUUCCAACAGCUAGUGGAUCGGGGCGUCGUUCCACUCAAAGAUGAGGCCGCGUUAACCAGCGGAUACCUUGACACAGAAGUAGACUGGAUACCCGGUCUAAGACAAGGCAUACGUCUAAAGGACUUACCCUCUUUCCUGCGCGUGACGGAUAUAAAAGAUAAGAUGUUUAACUAUAUCCGGCACGAGACAAACAGAGCUUCCAUGGCCACAGCAAUCGUGCUCAACACCUUUGAAGCCCUUGAGGUUCCCGUCCUUGAGGCACUGCGGCAGAUCAUCCCCUCCGUCUACGCCGUGGGCCCACUAUCGCUCCUCUCUCGAAGCUUGAUAUCAAACGAAAGCCGACUCGCCUCCAUCAACACAAGCCUAUGGAAGGAGGACACCACAUGCAUAACUUGGCUUAACGGCAAGCGGGAUCAAUCAGUUGUGUACGUCAACUUUGGAAGCGUAACUGUAAUCAACGGAGAUCAAUUCAAGGAGUUAGCAUGGGGCCUCGCCAAUAGCGGCUAUGAUUUUCUAUGGGUGAUCAGACCCGACCUAGUGAGGGGAGAAAAGUCUGUGCUGCCUGCAGAUUUUCUGAAAGAGACUAGCCAGAGAGCAUUGCUGGCAGACUGGUGCGAUCAAGAGGAGGUGCUUCGCCACCGGGCAGUGGGAGUUUUCUUAACGCACUCCGGCUGGAACUCGACAUUGGAGAGCAUAAGUGGUGGUGUGCCGAUGAUAUCUUGGGCGUUCUUCGCGGAGCAACAAAUGAAUUGUUUUUAUUCACGCACUGAUUGGGGUGUGGGGAUGGAGAUGGACAGUAGCUUGACAAGGACGGAGGUUGAGAGAUUGAUAAGGGAGAUGAUGGAGGGGGAGGAGGGUAAGAAGAUGAGAAAGAAGGCGGCGGAGUGGAAAGCAAGGUUAUUCAGCUUGGGAGCUCUUCCGACGGCUUGGAGCGGAUGAUCAAUGAUUUGCUUGGUUCAAAAUAGUCUGCGUAGGUUUAUUACGAGUUCGUGAGAUUUUAAUAUCGUUGAGUAAGAGAGCUGAAAUAAAAAGUAUUAGGUGUCAAUAAUUAGGUGGGUAUUUAAUAUAAAUAAUUUAUGAGAUGUUUUUCAGUUAUGCGCUCCAUCUCAUUGCUACCCCGUACAUUUAGCUUGGGUUUAAUAAUUUCUUGAAUUGUAAUUUUUAUUUUUUAUGGAUUUGGCAUUUACAUGCUUU